GUUUGUCCCGGUCAGGCCGCCGUCCUGCAGAUCCGCCAUAUUGUCUGCCGAAGCUGCCGCUGAAGCUACAGCUGCGGCCGCCGCCAAGUCUGAGCGAGCGGAGCCGCGAUGGAGACCAUGGCAAGCCCAGGGAAGGACAAUUACCGAAUGAAGAGCUAUAAGAACAAUGCCUUAAACCCUGAGGAAAUGAGACGAAGGAGGGAGGAAGAGGGCAUUCAGCUUCGGAAACAGAAGCGAGAACAACAACUUUUUAAGCGGAGAAAUGUGGAGCUGAUUAAUGAAGAGGCUGCCAUGUUCGACAGUCUGCUGAUGGACUCCUACGUGAGCUCUACUACUGGGGAAAGUGUGAUCACAAGAGAGAUGGUGGAGAUGCUCUUUUCUGAUGAUUCUGACUUGCAGUUAGCAACCACACAGAAAUUCCGGAAGCUCCUCUCCAAAGAACCGAGUCCUCCAAUAGAUGAAGUUAUUAACACUCCAGGAGUAGUUGACCGGUUUGUGGAGUUUCUGAAGAGGAGUGAGAAUUGUACAUUACAGUUUGAAGCUGCCUGGGCUCUAACAAACAUUGCCUCUGGAACCUCUCAGCAGACCAAAAUUGUCAUUGAAGCAGGAGCUGUCCCCAUUUUUAUUGAGCUGCUUAACUCAGACUUUGAAGAUGUACAAGAACAGGCAGUCUGGGCUCUGGGAAACAUAGCUGGAGACAGUUCUGUUUGCAGAGAUUACGUCUUGAAUUGUUCCAUCCUUAAUCCUUUGUUAACACUCCUUACUAAGUCCACACGACUGACAAUGACUCGGAAUGCAGUCUGGGCCCUGUCAAACCUCUGCCGAGGGAAGAACCCGCCUCCAGAAUUUGCAAAGGUCUCUCCUUGUUUGCCUGUAUUGUCUCGGCUACUCUUCAGCAGCGACUCAGACUUGCUAGCAGAUGCUUGCUGGGCCCUCUCUUACCUGUCUGAUGGCCCCAAUGAGAAGAUCCAGGCAGUCAUAGACUCUGGAGUCUGUCGGAGAUUGGUAGAACUUCUGAUGCACAACGAUUACAAAGUGGCAUCUCCUGCCUUGAGAGCUGUGGGUAAUAUUGUCACUGGGGAUGACAUCCAGACCCAGGUCAUUCUUAACUGUUCAGCCCUCCCUUGCCUCCUCCACCUGCUGAGCAGCUCUAAGGAGUCAAUCCGGAAGGAAGCUUGCUGGACCAUUUCAAACAUCACUGCCGGUAACAGGGCUCAAAUACAGGCUGUCAUCGAUGCAAAUAUCUUCCCUGUGUUGAUCGAAAUCCUUCAGAAAGCAGAGUUCCGUACAAGGAAGGAAGCAGCCUGGGCCAUCACCAAUGCCACAUCAGGAGGAACCCCUGAGCAAAUCCGGUACCUGGUGUCACUGGGCUGCAUCAAACCCCUGUGUGACUUGCUAACUGUAAUGGAUUCAAAGAUUGUGCAAGUAGCCCUCAAUGGACUAGAGAACAUCCUGCGGCUUGGAGAGCAAGAGGGCAAGCGUAGUGGCUCAGGGGUCAAUCCCUACUGUGGCCUCAUUGAGGAAGCCUAUGGCUUGGAUAAAAUUGAGUUUCUCCAAAGCCAUGAGAACCAGGAAAUCUACCAGAAGGCCUUUGACCUCAUCGAGCACUACUUCGGUGUGGAAGAUGACGACAGCAGCCUGGCUCCUCAGGUGGAUGAAACGCAACAGCAGUUCAUCUUCCAACAGCCUGAGGCCCCCAUGGAGGGCUUCCAGCUAUAAUGUCUGCCUCCAGGGAGGGGAGGGCAUGGGAAGCACCACCAGCCAGCGGAAGAGCAGCCCUCUGGUGGGCAGGAAACAGCCACCCCACCAGCAGCCCAUCCACCUGCUGCCCUGGAGACUGUGCUCUUGACCUGCUCGUCCCCUUCCCUGGAGGGAGCACCCUCUGGACAGACAGAACCAUCUGAGGCUCACACUGGGUUUUGUGACAAGAAGGGGACGUGUGGGUUUUUCUUCCUUACACUUUAUUUUGGCUGCACACAUGUCUUUAACCCAGGAGCCCAGGGGUAGACAAAGGAGGACUGAGGUAAUCAAUUUGCACCUUUAAAAUUUUUUUUCUUUUAUUUUCUUUAGUGGUGACUUCCUUCCCAUUUAUCUUGCUUCAUCCAUCCCAGUCCUCUGCCCUGAUGUGUGUAACUCUUAUCUUGGGUACUUGAGCAGAUGGAAUAUUCCCAGAGGUGGGAGGCGGGAGGGGAGGGGAGAAGUCCAAAACAAAGUGUUCUUGCUCUGACCGAAUAUUAAUCUUGUAUGCUUGGA